GCUAUCAGUGUAUUUACAUAAUCAGAAUAAAAUUGCAGUAUUUUGUUUGAUACGUUUAAAUAGUUAGCUGCCAAUAGAUUUGUAACACGAGUGGAGAUUUGUCUAAUACAAAUAAAAUUUGUGUUUUAGAAAAGAAAGAAAUAUAUGUAAAUUAGUUUUUCGACAUUAAAUCAAAUUAUCAUGGCCCAAUUACUCCGUUGCAUCAACAAUAGGGCGCAUGCAAUUGGCCAAUGUGCUCCCAGUAUUUAUUCCAGAAAUUUCCACUCGUCGUUAUAUGCAGCUUCCAAAGUUGCCCUGUCGAAAUUUGAUUCUGAUGUUUUCUUACCUUAUGAAAAGCUUACAAACAAUCUAAAGAUUGUAUCAGAUCGUUUAAAUCGUCCUCUGACAUUAUCUGAAAAAAUUUUAUACUCCCAUUUGGAUGAUCCUAAAAAUCAGGAGAUUGUGCGUGGCACAUCGUAUUUGCGCCUUCGACCAGAUCGCGUAGCAAUGCAAGAUGCUACUGCUCAAAUGGCGCUCUUGCAGUUCAUUUCAUCUGGUUUGAAAAGAGUCGCUGUGCCCUCAACAGUGCAUUGUGACCAUUUAAUCGAAGCUCAAGUUGGUGGCAAAGAGGAUUUAGCUAGAGCAAAAGAUUUGAAUCAGGAAGUAUAUAAGUUUUUAGCAUCAGCAUGCGCAAAAUACGGUCUCGGCUUCUGGAAACCUGGCAGCGGAAUCAUUCAUCAGAUCAUUUUGGAAAACUACGCUUUCCCUGGAUUAGUAAUGAUUGGUACCGACUCGCAUACUCCAAAUGGAGGAGGUCUUGGUGGACUCUGCAUUGGUGUUGGUGGCGCAGAUGCUGUCGAUGUGAUGGCAGAUAUUCCUUGGGAAUUGAAGUGUCCGAAAGUAAUUGGUGUCAAUUUGACAGGAAAAAUUAGCGGAUGGACCUCUCCAAAAGAUAUUAUCUUGAAGGUUGCUGACAUUCUUACUGUGAAAGGAGGCACAGGUGCAAUAAUUGAGUACCAUGGAGACGGUGUUAACUCCAUAUCGUGUACUGGAAUGGCUACCAUCUGUAACAUGGGGGCUGAGAUAGGUGCUACCACAUCAGUGUUUCCAUUUAAUGAUCGUAUGGCGUCAUAUCUGAAAUCCACAAGCCGCAGCGGUAUUGCGGAUGAAGCCAACAAAUAUAAAGCGAAGCUAUUGUCGCCUGACGGAAAUUGUGAAUAUGACGAAUUAAUUGAAAUUAAUUUAGAUAAGUUAGAACCCCAUGUUAAUGGUCCAUUCACGCCCGAUUUGGCUCAUCCAAUAAGUAAACUUGGCAAAAAUGCAAAACAAAAUGGAUAUCCAAUUGAUAUCAAAGUGGGUCUCAUUGGCUCCUGCACUAAUUCUUCUUACGAAGAUAUGGGUCGCUGCGCAAAUAUUGCAAAAGAUGCCAUGAAACAUGGAUUAAAAUCUAAAAUACCAUUUAAUGUUACUCCUGGAUCUGAGCAAAUUCGUGCUACCAUUGAAAGAGAUGGUAUCGGUGAAGUAUUUCAGAAAUUCGGUGGUACCGUUUUAGCGAAUGCCUGCGGUCCCUGCAUUGGCCAAUGGGAUCGUAAGGACGUUAAAAAAGGAGAAAAGAACACUAUUGUUACAUCAUACAAUCGCAACUUUACUGGUCGUAAUGAUGCUAAUCCAGCAACACACUCAUUUGUUACCAGCCCUGAACUUGUUACGGCUUUGUCAAUUGCUGGCCGAUUGGACUUUAAUCCCUUAACCGACGAACUCACUGGUGCUGAUGGUAAAAAAUUCAAAUUAGCUGCUCCGUUUGGUGAUGAAUUGCCUUCGAGAGGUUUCGAUCCUGGUAUGGAUACGUUUGAUGCCCCACCUAAGAGUGGUGAAUCUGUUAAAGUGGAUGUGGAUCCAAAAAGCCAACGUCUUCAACUUUUAGAUCCCUUCGAUAAAUGGGAUGGCAAAGACUUGCAAGAUUUAACUGUUCUUAUUAAAGUAAAAGGAAAGUGUACAACAGAUCAUAUUUCUGCUGCUGGACCUUGGCUAAAAUAUAGAGGACAUUUGGAUAAUAUUUCAAACAACAUGUUUAUUGGCGCUGUCAACUCAGAAAAUAACGAAAUGAAUAAGAUUAAAAAUCAACGAACGGGUGAAUGGGGAGGCGUUCCUGACGUAGCGCGUGAUUACAAAGCUAACGGUAUUAAAUGGGUUGCUGUCGGAGAUGAAAAUUACGGUGAAGGUUCAUCUCGGGAACAUGCUGCACUGGAACCCCGACACCUUGGCGGUAGAGCAAUUAUUGUCAAAUCGUUUGCCCGUAUUCAUGAAACAAAUUUGAAGAAACAAGGAUUGUUGCCUUUAACAUUUGCAAAUCCAGCUGAUUACGACAAGAUAAAACCGGAGAGCAAAAUUUCUUUGCUCGGCCUAAAUAGUCUUGCACCUGGAAAGCAGGUUGAUUGCGAAAUUAAGAACGGCAAUAAGGUCGAUAAGAUUAAGCUGAACCAUACUUUGAAUGACUUGCAAAUUGGUUGGUUCAAAGCUGGCAGUGCUCUUAACCGCAUGAAAGAACUAGCUCAAUAAAUAAUAGGAAUUUGAUUGCUAAUAAACAACUUAAACUUUUUGAACGGAUAUUCAAUUUGUUUCUAUAUUUUUAUUAUAAUUACGAAAUCACAGGCAUUAUUAUGAUCAUGCCUAAAUAUAAUUUAAACAUUUAUUUAA